UGUUCUUUCCUGCACGAUAAGGUAGCGUUCAGAUGGCGGCAUCUUCCGCCUAGGAUCUGACCCUGGUGUUGUUCUCUUUGGGGUCUCGCGGUCACCUCGUGUACUGUGGACUUCUGGGGAGGCAGGCCUGGGCUGUUCGGAGUCGGCAGAAAAGCGAAGAGAAGGCCUCUUGCCCAUCCAGCCUCAAUGUCCCACUUGUCCUUGGCCCCUCUUCGGAACAGGAUUUGGAGUCUGAAACCCUACCCAAGUGUCCCCUGGUCUCAUCCUUUCUCCACUCAACCUUAUCCUCAUGGAUCCUCUGUUCCCCAAAGGAAUCGUGAACAGAAACAGAAGCGGCUUCGAGAAAAGCAGAGGGCUUUGGACAAAGAGAUGGCAGUGAAUAGCAAGCUACCAGUGAAGUCUAGUAAAAGCUGGAUUGCUAAAGAGACAGUGUUAUAUGAAAUCCCCACAAAACCUGGUGAAAAAAAAGAUGUCACAGGGCCCAUGCCUCCUAUGUAUAGUCCACAGUAUGUUGAGGCUGCCUGGUACCCUUGGUGGGUUCAAGAGGGAUUCUUCAAGCCAGAAUAUCAGUCCCAGCUGCCUCAGGCUACGGGGGAGAUCUUCUCCAUUUGCAUCCCACCCCCUAAUGUCACUGGUUCCUUACACCUUGGUCAUGCUCUUACUGUGGCCAUACAGGAUGCUCUUGUGCGCUGGCAUCGGAUGCGAGGGGACCAGGUACUGUGGAUCCCAGGUUCAGAUCAUGCUGGCAUUGCUACUCAGGCUGUGGUGGAGAAACAGCUAUGGAAGGAACAGGGAAUAAGGAGACAUGAACUGAACCGAGAAGAUUUUCUAAAGAAAGUAUGGAGGUGGAAGGAAGAAAAGGGUGGUGAGAUCUGUGAGCAGCUACGAGCCUUGGGGGCCUCUUUGGACUGGGAUCGAGAAUGUUUUACUAUGGAUGCUGGUUCUUCAGUAGCAGUGACAGAAGCCUUUGUCCGUCUGUAUGAGGCUGGCCUAUUAUACCGGGACCAGCAGAUUGUCAACUGGUCGUGUGCUUUGAGAUCGGCCAUCUCGGAUAUUGAGGUAGAGGGUCGGCCCCUGCCUGGCCGAACAGAAUUCUGCCCUCCAGGCUGUCCCUACCCUGUCUCCUUUGGCCUCCUUUUUUCUGUUGCCUUUCCAGUAGAUGGGGAUCCUGAUACAGAAAUUGUAGUGGGGACUACACGGCCCGAGACUUUACCUGGUGAUGUAGCUGUGGCUGUUCAUCCUGAUGAUCCUCGAUACAUACACCUCCAUGGGUGUCAGCUCCGUCAUCCACUAAGUGGGAAGUCCCUUCCCCUCAUCACUGACCCUACAAUCCAGCCUGACCUGGGCACAGGUGCAGUGAAGGUAACCCCUGCCCACAGCCUUGUUGAUGCUGAUAUUGGGGCACGACACAAGCUGAUCCCUGUGAAUGUCAUUGGAGAAGAUGGGACCAUGGUCUCCCCCUGUGGGGAUUGGCUACAGGGUCUUCAUCGAUUUGUGGCUCGUGAAAAAAUUGUGUCUAUGCUUAAGGAACAAGGGUAUUUUCGUGGCAUUCAGGACCAUCCCAUGGUACUCCCUAUCUGCAGUCGUUCUGGAGAUGUGGUAGAAUAUCUUCUCAAAAACCAAUGGUUUGUGCGAUGCCAGAAAAUGGGGGAACAAGCUGCCCAGGCUGUGGAAUCAGGGGCUCUGUGUCUCAACCCUCCCUUUCAUCAGAAGAAUUGGCAACAUUGGUUUUCUAACAUCAGUGAUUGGUGUGUUUCCCGGCAGCUGUGGUGGGGACAUCAAAUUCCAGCGUAUAGGGUUUUUGGAAAGGAGGGAGACAUUGAAGAAUGUUGGGUAGUAGGUCGAUCAGAGGCUGAGGCCAGAAAGGUAGCUGCAGAACUCAUAGGGAGACCAGAGAAGGAGCUAACUUUGGAGAGGGACCCUGAUGUUUUAGACACCUGGUUUUCCUCUGCACUUUUUCCCUUUUCUGCUCUGGGCUGGCCUCAAAAGACUCCAGACUUAAAUCGGUUCUACCCUUUGUCCCUGUUGGAGACAGGCAGUGACCUUCUGAUGUUCUGGGUGGGCCGAAUGGUUAUGCUAGGGACCCAGCUCACUGGACAACUUCCAUUUCCCCAGGUGCUUCUUCACUCCAUGGUUCGGGAUGGGCAAGGCCGCAAGAUGAGCAAAUCUCUGGGGAAUGUACUUGAUCCCAGAGAUGUUAUCAGAGGGGCAGAGCUACAGGUGCUACAGGAGAAGCUGAAAGAUGGAAACCUGGAUCCCAGGGAGCUACAGAUGGCUGCUGCUGCACAGAGAAAGGAUUUCCCUCAAGGAAUCCCUGAAUGUGGUACAGAUGCCCUGAGGUUCACCCUCUGUUCUCAUGGAACACAAGGGAAUGACAUAAACCUAUCUGUUUCUGAGGUCCUGAGCUCCCGCCAUUUUUGCAACAAGAUCUGGAAUGCCAUGCGAUUCAUCCUUAAUGCCUUAGGAGACAGAUUUAUACCCCACCCCAUUGAAGAACUGUCUCCCUCAUCUGCUAUGGAUACCUGGAUCCUCAGCAACCUGGCCUUCACUGCUGGGGAAUGUGAGCGAGGCUUCCUAGCACAAGAGCUCUCUCUUAUCACCCAUGCUUUGUACCACUUUUGGCUCCAUAAACUUUGUGAUGUCUACUUGGAGUCAGUGAAACCUGUGUUGUCAAGGUCACCCCAAUCCCCUGGAUUACUGCAGACUUUAUACUCCUGUGCAGAUGUUGGACUUCGUCUCCUUGCCCCAUUCAUGCCCUUCCUGACUGAAGAGCUUUGGCAGCGAUUGCCUCACCGACCAAAUUGUGCCCCAGCUCCAAGCAUCUGUGUUGCCCCCUACCCCUGUGCCCAAAAUCUGCAUCCUUGGUACCAGCCAGAACUGGAACAGCGAUUUGCUCAGGUUCAAGAGGCUGUGAAAACACUAAGGGGGCUCAGAGCCAUGUACCAACUCAGCAGAGUCCGACCCCGAGUGUUGUUGCAAUGUUCAGAGCCCAAAGAACAAUACCUCUAUGAAGAUUUCCUAGAGCCAUUGGGCACUCUGGCCCAUUGUGGAGCUGUGAACUUCCUACCUUACAAUAAGGCAUCUCCCCAAGGCUGGGUCCAGGCCUCAAUCAACAAUACCACCCAGGUCUACAUGGAGCUGCAGGGCCUGGUGGACCCUUAUCUCCAUCUUCCUGUCCUGCUUACCAGAAGACAGAAACUACAGAAAAAACUUGAUAGCCUUACUGCUUGGACCCCAGUUGAAGGGAGUCAAAUGAUGAAUAGAGAGCAUAAGGUCUCUUCCCUCCUCAUGGAGCUAUCAAAGUUGGACCAGGCAACAUCUUACCUCCAAAAGCUAAUGGAUACAAUUCCUACAAAGCCAUGAAUUCCACCGUAUGUCUCUUCUCUCUGUCAGACCUGUCUCUGAAUAUUGCUGGAUCAGAGUGACUAAAUCCUACAAGAAUUCUGUGGGACAUUCAUAAUUGUCAUAGCUUCCCUCCACAGUCUUUUUUUUUUUUUUUUUUAACAUUUUCAGGAUUAAGAUAAUUAAAAACUUUUUUUUUUUAAGUCAA